AUGGCCGGAGCUGACGAAUUCAUGAAAUAUCGUUCUCCACUGGUGUCAAGAUAUGCGAGCAAGGAAAUGGCUUACAACUUCAGCGAUAGGAAGAAAUUCACAACCUGGAGAAAGCUGUGGAUCUUCCUUGCUAAGGCUGAGAAGGAUUUGGGUCUGCCAAUCGCAGAUGAGCAAAUUGCAGAGAUGGAGAGCCAUGCGGAGGACAUCGACUUUACCAUGGCAGCGGAAGAGGAGCGUAAACUCAGGCAUGACGUGAUGGCUCACGUACACACCUUCGCACACUGCUGCCCCAACGCAGCGGCCAUCAUCCACCUGGGAGCUACUUCCUGCUAUGUUGGAGAUAACACUGAUCUGAUUAUGCUGCGUGAUGGUUUCGACAUCCUCUUACCGAAGUUGGCAAGAGUCAUCGACAGGCUGUCAAAUUUUGCUGAGAAGUAUUCUGACCUCCCCACACUUGGCUUCACACACUACCAGCCAGCACAGUUGACCACGGUGGGAAAGCGAGCGUGCCUGUGGCUGCAGGACUUGGCGAUGGACAUGCGAAAUCUGCAACGAGCACGUGAUGACCUGCGUUUCCGUGGUGUCAAGGGGACCACUGGCACUCAGGCUAGUUUCCUCCAACUCUUUCAGGGAGACCACAGCAAGGUGGAGGAGCUGGACAGGUUGGUGACACAGAUGGCAGGGUUUAAAAGAGCUUACCUGGUGACUGGACAGACAUAUAGCCGUAAAGUGGACAUAGACUCUCUAGCCAGCCUUGCAAGUCUAGGAGCCACCGUUCAUAAGAUUUGUACCGACAUCCGCCUGCUAGCCAACCUGAAAGAGAUCGAAGAGCCUUUUGAGAAAGAACAGAUCGGUUCUAGUGCCAUGCCUUACAAGAGGAAUCCGAUGCGUGCUGAGCGUUGCUGUAGUUUGGCCCGACAUUUGGUGGCACUGAUGGCUGACCCAUUGCAGACAGCGUCAGUGCAGUGGCUGGAGCGCACACUGGAUGAUAGUGCCAACAGGAGGAUCUCCCUGCCGGAGUCCUUCCUCACCGCUGACAUCAUCCUUAGCACUCUGCAGAACAUCACUGAGGGCCUGGUGGUCUAUCCUAAAGUCAUUGAAAGACACAUCCGCCAUGAGCUGCCCUUUAUGGCUACUGAGAACAUCAUCAUGGCAAUGGUGAAGGCUGGAGGCAACAGACAGGACUGCCAUGAAAAGAUACGCGUCCUGUCCCAGGAGGCUGCAGCUGUAGUUAAACAGGAAGGUGGUGAUAACGACUUGCUUGCCAGAGUGCAGGCAGACCCUUACUUUGCUCCCAUUUUGGGACAACUGGACGCCAUACUAGACCCCAAGACUUUUAUCGGCCGUGCUCCCCAGCAGGUGUCCAGAUUCCUGUCAGAAGAGGUGCGCCCUCUACUGGAGCCUUACAACUCCAAAAUGGAUGUCAAGAUUGAGCUUGAGCUUUAA